UGUGCCUCUGCGUUGUACCAUCACGAUGGGAAAAUAAGGGCAUUCUUCAUUGGCCGAAAAAUUCAUCAGUAACAAAAUUGUGCCGAGAUGAGAACUCCUGUCCGAAUGCGAAUUGAGAAAAGAUCAGGUGUACGCUGAAACGCGAAUUCCUAUCUUACGACAAGGCUCUAAAUGAACUGAACAGAAUGGAAUCAAUGCCGGACACGGAAGCGGAUGAAAAGGAUGCACAACCGGAAGUCAAAAAGGCUUUUGCACUUGACGAUCCAUCAGACAUGAUCGUUUACGAGGAAAACAUAUCCUCAAACACCGAUAUUGAAGUAACCCAACCUAGCGACGUUGAACGUAAUCUUCCAGUUGGGACCGUAGAGUUUUUAUCAGAGCCGGAAAUGUGUGGCAAUGCCCCUAACGCUACACUGUCAACGAUCGUAGCGAACCAAGUAGUGAUUAAUAAUAAUCAACAAAAAAAUAUGACUUUCUUGGCACAACUCGCAACCGCCGUUGAUAUGCUCAACAAAAGUGUAAUAUCAAUUGAGAACAGCGUGCAAUCCAAAUCUCGUCCUGAAGUUAUUGAGGUCACGUUCAAACCAGUCAGUUCCCGUGAGGAAUUGGACCACUUGGAAGCCGAUCUCAAAAACGAAUCAAACAUGUUGCGUUAUAUUGAAAAACUAAGUUCCAUUUGUGGAACUACUGGUAAAUCGGAUGGAAUUGACAGUGCGUACCGCCUUAUCGACUGCAUGGCAACUCGAGAAAUGAUAAACAUGUGCUCUUGGACAGGACAAACUCGAGAAAAUUGCGAUCAAACAUAACCUAGGUCUACCAAAUGGAGCGAUUGAAUCUGACGUGGGUUCAGUUAAGAUUCCGCUUAAAUUUUACACCAAGUUCCGUGAACUUUUCUUCUGAAUCAUUAAGUUGGCAGACCGAGAGUUCUCAGAAGCAUCCUGUGAGAAGUUCUUGAAGGGUAUAAUGAAAAAGAGCAAACAACGAUUGGCCUCCAAAGUUGCGUCAACACACAAGAACCGACCGAAGAACCUAAAAUAUGAAACCAAGAAGAGUAAUAUUAGCGGAACCUCAUAGAAAAACGGAUAACACAUAUUUGUUCCUUCGAUAUAAUUUAAUUUAUUUUCACAAUGCAAUGUUUCUUUUAUUUUUCAUCAUCAAUGAAUUAAAGUAUGAAGUAAAGGUAUAAAAAUUG